UCUAAAAGAGAUUCCUUAAUGGAGCUUCCUGAAUUUAAUGGUGAUUUUAAAAAGUGGAACCAUUUCAAAUCAGUGUUUUAUAAAACAAGUGAAGAGGCUAAAUUUUCAGAUUUGGAAAAUCUAAAUCGUCUGCAAAAGGCUCUGAAGGGAGAUGCCCUGGAAUGCGUGAGUGGUUUGAUGCUCGAUGCGCAAAAUAUCGAAGGAAUUUUACAGCGAUUAGAGAAGGAAUUUGGUACGCCUGAUUUGAUAUACAGUGCGUUAUUAAAAGAAUUGCUAGCAGUAGAGAACCCAACGAUGCAGAAGCCGAAAAGUUUUAUAACGUUUAUGCAUGCGUUAAACAACCUGGUCAUAAACAUGAACACUAUAGGAGAGCCAGAAUAUUUAAACGACCAACGUCUUUUAAAGGACUUGGAAAAUAAGAUUCCCACUAAUUUAAAACACAAGUGGUACAAUCAUAUCUUGGCAGACAACGAGAAUUAUGGUAGAAGCAAGCUUAGGACUCUCGAGGAUUUUGCUAAGUGGCUUAAGCCCACAGAAAAUUUAGCUAUUAUGCUAACAGCGGAUGUUGCAAAUGAUGUUGUGAACUCACAAUCGCAUCAGCACAACCAACAGUUAGGUCAUAGGAAUUUUCGUGCUCAACCACGACAACAGUUCCAAGCGAAUAUCCAAUCGCAACCAAGGCGUAGAAUGGGUUGCUUGAUUUGUGGCCAAAAUCAUAGGACGACAGAAUGUUUUCAAUUUCAAAACAUGUCGGCCGAACGAAGAUGGGAAACGGUUAGGCGGUUGCGCAUUUGCUCAAACUGUUGCAACCAGUCGAAUCAUGACGCCCAAAAUUGUUUUCUGCCACCACAAUGUCGGCAAUACGGAUGUAGAGCGAGACACCAUACCCUACUACAUAGAACAACUCCUACUGGCUUAAGACAGGUUGAGAACGUUAAUAUUCACCACGGUACUGAUUUGCCUGGCUUAAGACAGGUUGAGAACGUUAAUAUUCACCACGGUACUGAUUUGCCUGAGUUAUAUUUUCCAAUCAUCCCAGUAACGCUUCGUCAUAAUAAUAGGGAGGUCGACACAUUCGCGUUCAUGGAUACGGGUUCAUCUGCGAGUUUAAUACAUCGAGAGCUCAAAGAAGAGUUGCAGGUAAAUGGAUCUCCACGACCAUUUUCGCUAGCUUGGACUAACGGAUCAAUACAAGAUGAGCCGGAAAGUCAAACCAUCUCGAUCUCGGUUAAGGAUCAGGAUGGGAGAUUUAUAAGCCUUGAUGGAUUAAGGACAGUAGAAUCUAUGGUGCUGCCAAAACAAACAGUUAACGGAAUGGAACUUAGAAGAAAAUAUCGCCAUUUGAGAGGCAUCGAUUUACAAAGCUAUCGUGAUGGAGCUCCGAAGCUAAUUAUCGGAUUACCACAUGCGCAUCUAAUAUGCGCAUUGCAAACCAGAACUGGGCAAGCAGGCGGACCGAUAGCAAUUCAAACCCACUUGGGAUGGGUAUUGUUAGGAACAAAUUAUCUUAAUAGCAAGCAACCAAAACUCUUUUCUCUAAUCGAAGCAAAAAAUGCUAACAAGGAUAUAGCGAGCACGAUGAGAAAUCACGUCCCAAAGGAAGAUUUCGGUGUUAAAUUGAAUUAUAAGAUACCGCAGCCCAAGGACGAAAAGAGGGUGGAAAUAGAAAAAACUAUAAGGAAAACAGAAACUGUUCACGAGAUAGGGAAAACGGAAGUCGUCAGUAUACCAGAAGAAUGUGGUCAGUCUUUGAGGCGACUACAAAGCCUGGAAAGAAAAUUGACACGAGAUGGAACGUCAGAAAAAUUACACCGUAAGGAAACAGACGCAUACGGCAAAAAAGAUUGCGCGCGUGAAAACGAUCGAAGUGAGACAAUAAGAGAUAAGUUUAGUCCCAAGGCUAAUUAUGUACCAAACUUUGCUAUAGUAAAGUACAACAAACCUAUACGUAAACCAAGACUGGUCUUUGACACAGGUACAAGAAGUAAACAGCGUUCUCUCGCUAUUUAAUGAAACCUAUAUGCAAUUCAUGAUAAAUAAUAUGUCCUGCGGACCACGAAAACGAUGAGCCUCUCACACCAAACCAUUUCUAAUAGACUGUUCUGGAGAAGCAGAACCAAUUCAUUGUGAGAUUUCGGAAGCUGAAGCUUUAAAGACACAUUGGAAGAAAGCCCAAUGGGUUGCACAAAAAUACUGGUCUAGGUGGAUAAAAGAAUUUCUACCUCGAUUGGUAACGCGAGAGAAAUGGUUAAAACCAGUGAAAGAAUUGCGCAUAGGCGACGUAGUAGCAUUUCCAGAUGAGCAGACACGCGGAAGGUGGCGAAGGGGGAUAAUUACGCAAGUGCAAGAAGGAAAGGAUAAACAGGUUCGAUCCGUAACGAUAAGAGUAGGAAGUUUAUUUAUUAGAAGACCAGCGGUAAAGGUCGCACGGUUGGAGGUUCGCGCCGAAGAAGAAAUAGGUAGGACAUAAUUCCGUCAGCUUAUUAUUGUUUGUAACACCUCUACGAGGAAUUA